AUGGCAACAGCUACGAUCCUGGCAAAGAACCGCGAGCUUCAGCGAAUGUCAGCAGAGUUGGCAGCGAAGGUGCAGGAAGCAGACAGGUACAAGCAGGAAUUGGCGGAACAGAAACGCCAUGCCGCGCCCAAGCUGCGCAAGGAGGCAUCGCGCUCACAGUCUUUCUCUUCCAAGAGGGAGGCAAUCGCAGCGCCAAGUCACAAGGCAACGGUCCAGGAAGUGGGUGCAACGCUGCGCGGUGCAACACAUCCCGUGGCCGAGGACGGGGACGAGACACUGCGCGAUCACAUCAUGGGCGCUCAUGGUGGUGGAGUGCAGCGCGGAGGCACCUUGGCGUCUGUGGAAGCUUCACGCUCCUGCAAGGACGAGCUCCUGAGCUGGGCCACCCACUUGGAGGCCCGCGCUGAAGAGUUCUUCUCCACAGAGCUAAGAACUGCAGCAGCCUUGACCCAAAAGGACGCCGAAGUGAAGAGCUGUCUAUCAGAGCUUGGGUUUUCUGAAGACCGGUAA